GGCGAUAGGGCAUCCCCGGCCCCUGCCAAGGCAUUUCCUGCCCAAUGGAGAGUUGGUGCGCGGGGAAGACCUAAUCUCUAGUAGUGCCGGCCCCUUGACUAGGAUUAGAACAGGGGUGCUCGGACAUCGCUGACAUCUCGGUAGACUGGACAAGAGGUCCCUCGCCCACCGAUCUCUCCGCUGUAGACCAACAGUGUCGUGCCGCAGAACGACACGGACGCUCGUGCAAGACUUCUUCUCACUUGACAGAAAGAUGGUGGAAGUCUGACCACAACUACUACUACUCCAACGGGACAGCGGUCUUAGACUCUUUUUAUAUAGACUCUGUGCAGCGACUGGGCCGCGUGGCCCUCUGCAUUUUAUUUUGAUUUUAGUCGCCUACUAUUUUAGUGUAGCUAAGGUGUAAUAGUUUUCAAAAUGAAGUUUCGAGGCGUGUUAGAAAGACACGUCUUGACGUCGUUAGCGGCGGUUCUGAUACUGGCCUGCUGCAUCCAGCUAUCAGCGGCUGCGGCAUGUGAAGGCUGUACUGGAAAAUGUGUUUGCAAUGGAACGAAAGGAAUCAAGGGUGAAAGAGGACUACCAGGUCUACAAGGACCUCCCGGCUUACCAGGCUUCCAAGGACUAGAGGGACCACCCGGACCAAAAGGACUAGUGGGAGGAAGAGGAAAUCAGGGCUCUAUGGGACCAAAGGGCAUCAGGGGUGCACAAGGUAUUCCAGGCUUUGCUGGUGUCCCAGGAAUUCCAGGUCUGCCAGGAUUGGAAGGACCCAUGGGUCCCCCUGGACUGGAUGGCUGCAAUGGAACAAAAGGAGAUUUUGGACCCAGAGGCACACCAGGCCCUGCAGGAAGAUCUGGUGAUCCGGGUUUGCCUGGACUUGACGGACCAAAGGGUGAGCCAGGUGAAUCUGGUGGUGCUGGAGAAGGGAUCAAGGGAGACAGAGGCGAUGUCGGCAGAAACGGACUACCUGGCCCACCUGGACUUAACGGACUUCCUGGACCACAAGGAGAUUCUGGAGUUCAAGGCCAAAAGGGUUUCCCUGGACCUAGAGGCUUCCAAGGAGAGAAGGGUGACAUGGGCUUGGGCUUCCAAGGACCAAAGGGAGCGAAGGGAGAGAGUGGUCUACCCGGCCCACCUGGACCCCCUGGCAUUCUAGGAGAGCAAGUCGGACUCCCCGGACAAAUCUUCCCCUCACAAGGACAAAAGGGUGAACCAGGAGCAGCAGGACCCAUUGGUUUCCAAGGCCAGAAGGGAGAGCCAGGCCUGCCCGGACCCCCUGGUGCCACAAUAUCAGGACCAGCGCCCCUACCUGGAGCUGUCGGCGGUAUGGGCCAGAAGGGAGAACCAGGCAUCCCCGGACCACCUGGUCUGCCUGGCCAAACUGGACCCCCUGGACCUUUUGGCUUCAACGGACAAAAAGGUGACCCUGGUGCGCCUGGUGGAUCUGGCGGCCCUGGUUUUGUUGGACAGAAGGGAGAACCUGGCGUGCCUGGACGGGCUGGAGCACCUGGAGCACCUGGUACGGCUUCAGUUGGUGGCAGGCCUGUUCCUGGACCUCAGGGUGCGCCAGGCAACCCUGGUGGUGCUGGAUUCCCUGGACAGAAGGGAGAGCCUGGUCUCCCCGGCUUCGGCGGCCCCAAGGGUUACCCCGGACCCGCUGGUACUCCUGGCCCGCCUGGCCGCCCUGCAACUGGUGGUGCAUCCUUCCCUGGCCCCCCUGGAAACCCAGGUGCCCCUGGACGUGACGGACCCAUGGGUCCCCCUGGUGGCCCCGGAUUCCCCGGCGCUAAGGGAGAACCUGGUGCGCCCGGAGCGACUAUGGGUGGCGGUGUAGGUCCACCUGGACGCCCUGGCGGUCCUGGAUUCCCCGGCGCUAAGGGAGAGAGAGGAAACCCUGGUGCACCCGGUCUGCCUGGUGCCCCUGGUCAGGCUAUUGGAGGAGUUGGACCACAGGGCCCCAUGGGUCCCCCUGGUGAACCCGGCCGCCCCGGCGGUCCUGGUCUCCCCGGAGGAGCUGGAACACCUGGAUUCCCUGGUCCAAAGGGAGAACCAUGCGGCGGCUGCCCACCUGGCUUCCCCGGACCCAAAGGAGACCGUGGCUUCCCUGGCCCACCCGGCCCGACUGUAGGAGGAGGACAGCCUGGCACUCCUGGCUUCCCUGGUGCCAAGGGUGAACCCGGAUUCCCUGGAGGAAGAGGAUUGGAUGGACCACCGGGCCCUGCUGGUCGUCCUGGCGCCCCUGGCUUCCCUGGUGUGAAGGGUGAACCUGGCUUCGUUCCUGCCGUAGCGGGAACUCCUGGUUUCCCCGGACCCAAGGGUGACCCUGGUAUUCCUGGCUCCCCUGGUCAGCCUGGCCGUGAUGCUAUUGGUGGACUGGUUGGACCACCUGGAACUCCUGGCUUCCCUGGAGCUAAGGGUGAACCUGGUAACCCUGGUUUUGACGGAGGACCCGGCGCCCCUGGUAACCCUGGUGGACCCGGCCCAAUGGGACCACCCGGUAUAGCGCUAGGCGGUGGGGUUGGUGCCCCAGGUGCCAAAGGUGACCCCGGUUUCCCUGGAUCCCCUGGUACUCCUGGCUUCCCAGGCGCUAAGGGAGAGCCUGCCUUCGGUGCAUCUACGGUAGGCCCACCUGGUCCUAUUGGUCUGCCUGGCCCACCCGGUCCCCCUGGUCUGAACGGCCCCCCUGGACUUCCUGGUGGCCCUGGUGGUCCCGGCUCCCCCGGUGGUAAUGGCUUCCCUGGACAGAAGGGUGAGCCUGGUCUUCCCGGAGGUACUGGUCCUGGUGGGCAGGGUCUGCCUGGUGCUAAGGGAGAGGCUGGAGUACCUGGAUUCCCCGGCCCGAAAGGAGAGCCUGGUUUUCCCGGCGGCCCUGGCCAGCCAGGCGGCCCUGGUUUCCCUGGACAGAAGGGUGAGCCUGGCUUCAGCGGCGGCGGUGGACUUCCCGGACCCCCUGGUCCCCCUGGAGGCAACGGAUUCCCUGGACCUAAGGGAGAUGCCGGUUUCCCUGGUGGACCUGGCGGACUCGGACCGGCCGGAAACCCUGGACCACCCGGACCUCCUGGCAUGCCUGGUAACCCUGGUUUGGACGGCUUCCCUGGCCCUAAGGGUGAGCCUGGACGUGGCUCUGGAGGCUUCCCUGGACCUCAAGGACCCCCUGGACCUCCCGGACCCCCUGGUGGCGGUGGAUUCCCUGGACAGAAGGGAGAGCCUGGUCUUCCCGGAUUCGGCGGCGUCGGAGCGAAGGGUGACCCUGGCCGCGAUGGAGCUCCCGGUGACUCUGGCCUGCCCGGUCCACCUGGACUGCCUGGACCACGUGGUCUGGACGGAGGCCCUGGUUUCCCUGGACCAAAGGGAGAGAUGGGUGUAAUGGGUCUGCCUGGUGGACCUGGACCUAUGGGACCCCCUGGAUCCCCCGGAUUUGGUGGACCUAAGGGUGAACCUGGUAUCCCUGGCGGACCUGGUCUGCCUGGAGGCCCUGGUUUCCCUGGACAGAAGGGAGAGGCUGGAUUCCCUGGUGGCCCUGGACCUAUGGGACCCCCUGGACCGAUGCCACCUGCUGGACUGAUGGGACCUAAGGGAGACCCUGGAUUCCCAGGUCAGGAUGGUCAGCCUGGUACUGUUGGCUUCCCCGGCCCGCCCGGUCCCAAGGGUAACCCUGGUCUGGGUGGUCCCCCUGGUACCCCAGGCUUCCCUGGCGCUAAAGGAGAGAGUGGAAUCCCCGGCUCACCUGGAUCACCUGGCUUCCCCGGAGCGAAGGGUGAACCUGGUAUCCCCGGACGACCAGGCGGACCCGGCUUCAAGGGUGACCCAGGUUUCCCUGGAGGCCCUGGAAACCCUGGUUCCCCGGGCAUGCCUGGACAGAAGGGUGAACCUGGCUUUGGUGGUUCCAUCCCUGGACCCCCUGGUCUUCCUGGACGCAAGGGUGAGCCCGGACGGUCAGGUUCUCCUGGCUUUUCUGGUACCAAAGGAGAGCCUGGUUUGCCAGGAUCCCCAGGUGCCCCAGGUCGAGAUGCAGAAGCCUCUGCCGUAGGAGCCCCCGGACCCCCAGGUACCCCUGGAAUCCCCGGUGCCAAGGGAGAGAGAGGUAACCCCGGCCCGCCCAGCGGCCCUGGACGUCCCGGACCCCAGGGUCCUCCCGGUUUCCCCGGCCCUAAAGGUGAACCUGGCAUUCCUGGAGGCCCUGGUCGCGACGGUGGUCCUGGAGGCCCCGGUUUCCCUGGUCAGAAGGGUGAGGCUGCAAGAGGUGGUGCUGGCCUGCCUGGUGCUGCUGGACGACCUGGUGGUAAGGGAGAGGCUGGUCUUCCCGGUCCCCCUGGACGACCUGGAUUCCCCGGUGCAAAGGGAGAGGCUGGUCUUCCCGGAGGCCCUGGGUUCAGCGGCCCUCCUGGUCCACCUGGCCCACCCGGACGUGGAGGAUUUGGACAGAAGGGAGAGGCUGGUGUGCCUGGCGGUCCUGGUCGUGAUGGUGGUCCUGGUCCCAUGGGUCCCUCUGGCGGCCCUGGUCGCCCUGGAUUCUCCGGACAGAAGGGAGAACCUGGUCCGAUGGGACCGCCUGGUAGGAGUGUUGGUGGAGGACUCCCUGGCCCACCUGGCCCCAUGGGUACCCCUGGAUCCCCCGGCUUCCCCGGAGCGAAGGGAGAGCGUGGAUCACCUGGCAUUGGCGGAUUCCAAGGACCAAAGGGAGACCGCGGCGGCCCUGGUCUGCCCGGAGGCCCUGGCCAACCCGGAAACCCUGGCUUCUCUGGUCUACCUGGUCCUAAGGGUGAUCCCGGCCUGCCCGGUCCCCCAGCUGUUGGUUUGAAGGGAGAGCCUGGGUUCCCAGGAGGCCCAGGCCAGCCAGGUUCCUCAGGCUCCGACGGCCUGCCUGGCCCACCUGGUCCUCCAGGUUACCCAGGUCCCAAAGGAAACCCAGGUCUUCCUGGAAGAUCUGGGUUCCCUGGAACCAAAGGAAACCCUGGUGCUCCUGGUCUGCAAGGUCCUCCUGGUACUAGUGGUCCCCCUGGUCCUCCUGGCUUCCCCGGACAGCCCGGAGCCCCAGGAGCCAGCGGCGGCAACCAAGGCUACAUCUUUGCCAGACACAGCCAGACCACUCAGGUACCCACGUGCCCGCGCUACACCACCAAGAUGAUGGAUGGCUACAGUUUGCUGUACACACAGGGCAACGAGAGAACACACGGACAGGAUCUAGGCACGGCUGGCAGCUGUUUGAGAAGGUUCAGCGUCAUGCCAUUCCUCUUCUGCAACAUCAACAACCAGUGCCAGGUGGCCUCCAGAAACGACUACUCCUACUGGCUGUCCACCCCCGAGCCCAUGACCAUGAGCAUGGCGCCCAUCCGCGGCCGUGCCAUCGAGCCUUACAUCAGUAGAUGCGUGGUGUGCGAGGCCCCCGCCCAGGUCCUGGCCGUCCACAGUCAGGCGCUGACCAUCCCACCCUGUCCGAACGGCUGGAGCAGCCUGUGGAUGGGCUACAGCUUCGUCAUGCACACUGGUGCAGGUGCUGAGGGCACUGGACAAGCGCUGGCGUCGCCAGGGUCUUGUCUGGAGGACUUCCGCUCAUCGCCAUUCAUCGAGUGUCAUGGCAGGGGCACGUGCAAUUACUACGCCACCACGUACAGCUUCUGGUUAACAACCAUUGAACAGGGCUCUGAAUUCCGAACGCCCAACCCAGAAACUCUAAAGGCAGGUAACCUACGGCAGCGCAUCAGUAGGUGUCAGGUCUGCAUGCGUUACCAACCUCCACGAGGGGACACCGGGCGGCCAUUCGGCUCAGAAGCAGAAAGCAUCACAGGAGGGAAGUAACCAAGGAUAAACUAGACAAAACUCCAGUGUUUGAUAUGUAAAUGUGAUUGUAUUCUUUAUCCUGUCAAAAAAAAAAGAUGUUGACAUAGGAUUUUUGAUUUCUGGACAUAAUUAUGCUUGUAUUUCAUGCUAAUGUAACAAUGUGUUUCACCACUACCCCCCCAAAAAAACACGGUGCUAUGUUAUGUGAUAAUUGUCGUAGAUUUUUAGAUCUUGUUACCAACAGUCAGGUUUUUUACUCAGUAGAGAAAUAUAGUGGGAGUAAGAAUAGCUUUUAAUAUCACAUUUUUAUGUGAUUUGUCCUUUUCCUAACAUUUCCAGCAAAGUAAGCAUGAUCAUUUUGUAUACAGACAUAUUUUUCUAUUCAGAUUUGUCUCGAAUCUCACUGAGAGAUCAUAUAGGAUGUGCAUUCGUGUGCAUGACUUCAAAUGGUGCUAUUUAAGUAUACUGGAAUACUGUGAUACAUAAUAACUAGGCUUUAUACUUUACAACAAAGCAAAAAAAAAGUGUGUACAAUGGAGACAAUGUGCCAAAGCAUUAGAUGUAGUUUUUUAGACGCGCCUUGUAUUUACUUACAUCGGUAACAUUUCAGAAUUAGUCGCUUACUUGCAAGGAAUAUUUGUUAUUUGCCUGUCAUAGUGAGUACUCCUUGUCCACCAUGGUGUACAGAAAAUAGGAGAUUUUUUUGACUGUUUAUGAAGAAGUGACUCCUUUUGUGAAAGGAUGUGGACAAGAAACCCUCAAGAGAUGUGUACUCAUUCUUUCUCUUUUUUUAUUUAGCAGAGAGUUUUUCUGUAACAUUACAAUCAACCCACAAAGAAAAAGCUUAAGCAACUUCUCUUGCUUGCAAAUAGCAAAUAGCUUUCUUGUAAGUCUGUGUUUGUAAGCUAGGGAGAAAGUACUGGUUAUCACUAACAAGAAACUGUAUCUCAAGCAUAAAUUAUGUUCAUAAAAGGACACAAGAGUAGACACUAACCUACCAUUAUUUGCUGGUUAUCUAUAGUGCUGCCAGAUUACUCAAGUACAGUAAUUAGCCCUACAUGUAUGUGAAGUAGUUAGGGAGCUGCUUUUGUAUCUGCCUGUAUCUCAACGUCUGACUUAUGAUAUGUGAAUUUUCCAAGGGGCAGGGAAUAAAGUUAUCAUGUUGAAUUGAAUAA